AUUCACUCUUUGGACAAACCAAACUAUAUAACAUUCAAUGAUAAUGGCUGCCGCAGACACCAAGAUUCUCUUCAUCGGAGGCACCGGUUACAUCGGAAAGUUCAUCGUGGAAGCGAGUAUCAAUGCCGGCCACCCAACUUUCCUCUUGGUCCGAGAGUCAAGUCUUUCCAAUCCAGAAAAGGCACCACUCAUUCACAAGUUCAACAACUUGGGUGCCCAACUUGUUCUUGGAGAUGUAUAUGAUCAUGAGAGUUUGGUUAAAGCCAUGAAGCAGGUGGAUGUGGUGAUUUCUACUAUUGGAACCAUGGAAGUAGCUAAUCAAGAUAAGAUCAUUGCUGCAAUCAAAGAAGCAGGAAAUGUUAAGAGAUUCUUUCCUUCAGAGUUUGGAAAUGAUGCAGACCGUGUUCAAGCUGUAGGGCCAGCAAAGAGCGCAUAUGCUGUGAAGUCCCAAAUUCGCAGAGCUGUCGAAGCUGCCGGAAUUCCUCACACCUUGGUGGUGUGCAACUUCUUUGCCGGCUACUUCCUACCACGUUUGUCACAACUUGAAGCCACAACUCCACCAAGAGAUAAAGUUGUUAUCUUAGGAGAUGGAAAUGUCAAAUGUGUUUUCAAUAAGGAAGAAGAUAUUGGUGCUUAUACUAUCAAAGCUGUGAACGACCCAAGAACGUUGAACAAGAUAUUGUAUAUAAGACCCCCAAAGAACAUAGUAUCCUUCAAUGAAUUGGUAUCUCUCUGGGAGAAGAAGAUUAAUAAGACACUAGAACGGAUUUAUGUUCCGGAAGAUCAAGUCCUGAAGCAAAUUGAAGAUUCUCCUUUCCCAAUAAGUAUAGAAUUGUCAAUUUGUCACACAGUAUACGUGAAAGGAGGUCAUACUAGCUAUGAAAUUGACCCACAAGUUGGAGUAGAAGCUUCAGCACUAUAUCCUGAAGUCAAUUACACUACCGAGGAUGAGUUCCUUAACCAGUUUAUUUAACAUGAUUAUGUUACUUGGAACUCAAUAGUUUCAAUGUUCACUUUGAUCUUUUUCUAUAGAUUUUGUGUUUUAAGAAUACUGUAAUAUCAUUACCAGUAUUCAGUAAUGUUGCACUUGUUUCUGUUGAGUUAUCAAACAUCUCAUUAUAGAAAACUUGUGUUCUGAAAUUAAAGUGUGGAUGUCCUACUAAUUAAUGGAGCAUGAUUUUUCUUAA